CGGAGCCGACCUCUACUGUAACAACCGCUGGCAUCGCUGCAGAGCACUGAGGAGAGCAAUAAAACUGCAUCAGACAAGCCCAGAUCGUCUUCCCAGAAUGCAGGCAGCAUCACCGGGGUGGAAACUCAAUAUGUAUGUGAAAACAUGAAAAGGACCGAUUUGAGAUGUGCGUGUGCACGUUCAUUUCAGUCUUUUUUUCCAGGACAGUUGCCAGAAUGUUCCUUCUUACUGCGAUUCUUUUAUUUGGCUUUGCGUCAGCUCAGAAGGUGAUUCAAUUAUCCUACUGCGCGAUAGAUGAGAACCACGUCAGGCUCGAUUGCAAAUAUUCGCUUCCCGCUGAGUCGCCCGAAGUAUUUUGCAAGUACACUCAAGGGGAAAGACUCCUGGACACCACCGACCCAGACGAGGAGCAGCACGCCCCCUAUAAGCACAGAGCCAAAGCUCGCAUCUUCCCGGGCAACAUCUGCCGGCUGCUGUUUAAAAACCUGCCAAACGGCAAGUCCAACUUCACCUGCAACAUCAAACUUGCCGACUCAGCUACUGCGUCUAAAACAUCGGUAGUGGAGAAAAAGCUCCUCCUCCCUUGUUCUGCUUUGAGUGUCCUGUUACAAAGCUGCAGUGGCCUGCUGUUGACCUUGAUGACAUUGCCUACGCUGCUCGCACUUGACUGGCUGUGAACAUGGCGCCCAAGCUGCGGUACCCAAUCAUCUGCUGGCUGCCAGUGGACUGCUGAGCUGAAUGCACACACGAUAUACAGUGUAUCUAGGCUUAUUGCGCAAACGUACAACUGCAUUUACUCUAUCCUCAGCUGAGUUCAAGCACGAUCUCAGGCAUAUAGACGUGAAAUGUGAUAUAUUCUGUAGUAUCGCCCUUUGAAUGGAUGUUUGUAGUGACUCUGUUCCAUGUAAGGAGUGAUUCUUAGAGGUCAAGAGUGAUAGAAUCCGCUUCCACUAACCAAGUGAUGCAAGACAUCCGCCCCAACUCUGCCCAAAAAUGAUUUCAAUAAUACAGAGCAAUACUAGGUAUGGAGAUAAAUCAACAUACAGGGCUCUAUUUAUAAGACUGAAUGUCAUCCGUGGUAAUGCAAAGGAUGCUUAAAUGCACCGAGCUGCAGUGACGAGCAUCAGGGCGGCAGCCUUCAUGUGUUAUGGCAGGAAACCUGCCAUGUUUGGAUUUACUGUGCUGAAGGUGAAAAGAACAUAAGAAGACAAUUGCAGAUGGGAUUAGAGACAAAAGCAAUGUUUAAUCCAUAAUAUAAACCACAGAUGGUUGUCUGACAGUUAAUAAGUUAGUUUCUUAUAUGGGAUGUUUAAAAAUGUGAGGUGUAUCGUGUUUAUGGUCUGUUCUUAUAUUUUAUCAGCAUCUAAAGCAUAUUACAAUGUUUGUUUUGUGUGUAUUGUGUGCCGUAUUAAAAGGAUAUAUAACGUUUA